AUGGAAGUCUGCAACUCCACCUUGGGAAGUGGCUUCAUCUUAGUGGGGGUUCUAGAUGACAGUAGUUUUCCAGAACUGCUCUGUGCCACUAUCACAGCCCUGUACUUUUUAGCAUUGACCAGCAAUGGACUUCUGCUGAUGGUCAUCACCAUGGAUGCCCGGCUACAUGUGCCCAUGUAUCUACUACUCUGGCAGCUCUCCCUCAUGGACCUCCUCCAACCAUCAGUUAUCAUUCCCAAGGCCAUAAUAGAUUUUCUUCUCAAAGACAACACUAUUUCAUUUGGGGGGUGUGCCCUUCAGAUGUUCCUGGCACUGACACUUGGUAGUGCAGAGGACCUCCUUCUGUCCUUUAUGGCCUAUGACAGGUAUGUAGCCAUUUGCCAUCCUCUGAACUACAGAAUCCUAAUGAGUCAGAAAGUCUGCUGGGUCAUGAUAGCCACCUCAUGGAUCCUGGCAUCCCUCAGUGCUCUAGGCUAUAGCAUGUAUACCAUGCGAUAUCCUUUCUGUAAAUCCAGGCAGAUCAGACACCUCUUUUGUGAGAUUCCUCCCUUGCUGAAGCUGGCCUGUGGAGACACCUCCACAUAUGAACUCAUGGUUUAUUUGAUGGGUGUGACUUUACUCUUUCCUGCCCUUGCUGCCAUCCUGACCUCUUACUUACUAAUUCUGCUCACUGUGCUCCACAUGCCCUCUAAUGAGGGCAGGAAGAAAGCCCUUGUCACCUGCUCUUCCCAUCUCACUGUGGUAGGGAUGUGGUAUGGGGGUGCUAUUUUCAUGUAUAUCCUGCCCAGUUCCUUCCACAGCCCAAAGCAGGACAAUAUCAGCUCAGUGUUCUACAUGAUUGUUACUCCAGCUCUGAAUCCUCUCAUCUACAGCCUGAGGAAUAAUGAGGUCACUGAAGCAUUGAGACGAGUCCUGGGGAAAAGAUUGCCAGUAAAGUCUACAUUCUAG